ACUUAGCUCGUCGAAACUUUCAGUAGUUUGUUUGCGGUUAGCACCUGCGAGCGGUUGGUAUCAAAGUGCCAAUUUAUUAUUCAUAAUUGCGUAAAGUUGAUUGCAGCCGUGCCAAAACAAAAAUAGGGGGUAUAUUUUUAGAAACUUGUAAUUUGUAUAUAUAUGAAUAAUGGUCAAGGGUGUUGUGAUUAUCACAGUAAGUGAUACUUGCUUCAAAGACCAUUCUAAAGAUGAGUCAGGUCCAGCUUUGUUUCAGCUGGUGAAGGAAAAGUUUCCUGAUGCCUACAUACACACAAUCAUUUUACCGGAUGAGAAGGAAAUUAUUGAGCGAGAGCUUAAGUACUUUUCUAAAUCAAACAUUGAUUUAAUUUUAACAACAGGUGGUACAGGGUUGAGUAGUAGAGAUGUUACUCCAGAGGCUACCAAGGCUGUUAUUCAACGGGAAGUACCAGCAAUACCUAUAGCGAUGACCCUUGAAAGUUUAAAAAAGACACCAAUGGCAAUGCUCUCACGGGCCACAGCCGGAAUAAGGGAUAGAACCUUGAUUAUAAAUUUUCCGGGUAGUAAGAAGGCUGUCAUUGAAUGUAUUGAGGUUGUGAAACCUGUUUUGUCUCAUGCUGUUUCCCUUCUAGCUAAUGAUCUAACUGAAGUCAGACUGGUUCAUGAUAAGAUGCAAGCGGAGGAUAGUUGUCCACAUAAAUUGAGUAAAGUUGAUAUCAGCAAAGUGGCUUUGAGAGACCGAGAAUCCCCAUACCCCAUGUUGGAAAUGUCAGUAGCUUUCAACACAGUUGACGCUGUGAUGAUGCAAUGGAUAGAAGGUGUGGAAAUGGUAGCUAUAGAAGAUAGCAUAGGACGUGUAGCAGCACAAGCAAUAUUGGCGAAAGAACCAAUGCCCCCCUUUCCAGCAUCUGUCAAAGAUGGAUACGCGUGUUUAAGUUGGGACGGGGCGGGGAUCCGCCACGUGCGCUCCGCAGUGACGGCGGGCGACUCGCCGCCCGCGCCGCUCGUGUCGGGCGAGUGUGCGCGCGUCAACACCGGCGCGCCCGUACCGGCCGGGGCUGACUGUGUUGUUCAGGUGGAAGAUACAGCACUAAUAAAGGCCACUGACGAUCAUGAAUCAGAGUUGGAGGUAGAAAUCUUAGUAGCUCCGAAACCUCAUCAGGAUGUGCGCCCUAUUGGUUUCGAUAUACCAUUGGGUGCUUUGCUUCUAGAAAAAGGAGAUGUCAUAGAUGCUGCAAAAAUUGGUAUUUUGGCUGGAGCUGGGUAUCUUAAAGUGCCUGUUAGAACUCAUCCAAAGGUAUCGAUUUUGUCUACCGGUAAUGAAUUGCAAGAACCAUCAGAUGAAGUUUUGCGUCCAUCACAUAUUAGAGAUUCAAAUAGAAUUAUGCUAAAAAUGUUGCUCAAAGAACACGGCUACGACAGUACGGACUGCGGCAUAGCGCGCGACGAGCCGGGAGCGUUGGCGGCGGCCAUCGCUCGCGCGCUGCCCAACACGGACAUCCUGGUUUGUACUGGCGGCGUGUCUAUGGGCGAGCGGGAUCUGCUCAAACCGGUGCUCGUUAAUGACUUCAAUGCGACAAUUCAUUUUGGCCGAGUCCGCAUGAAGCCCGGCAAGCCAAGCACAUUCGCGACCUGCGUGUACCAAGGGAAAACUAAAUUCAUAUUCGCCUUACCAGGCAACCCAGUAUCAGCGUACGUGUGCGCACUGCUGUUCGUGAUCCGCGCGCUGCGGCAGUGCACGCGCUACAGCAGCGAGUACGCGCGCAUGCGCGUGCGGCUCGCGCGUGACGUCACGCUCGACCCGCGGCCGGAGUACGCGCGCGCGGUGCUCGAGUUCCCGCCGGCCGACCAGCUGCCGGUCGCCACGGUGUUGGGCAAUCAGUGCAGCAGUCGCUUGCUCAGCGCGUGUGGAGCCAGCGUGCUUCUAGAACUGCCGGGAGCUACGGAGAAGGUUAAGCAUCUUCCAGCGGAUACUAUUGUAUCUGCUCUUAUCACUGGACGAAUCGAUCUAACACGGCCUUAGAUCUUUAUAGUACUUAGCAUCUUCUUUAUAAAACAAUAAUAUAGAUAUCACAAAUAUAACUAGUUUAUAUGGUGAUAAUAUUUGAUAAUAUCACUAUCGUUUUUCCAAUGUGGGUUUAUAUUUUGCUAUCCCCACGUCACAUCACAUUGUUUUAUGUGAAGUAAUCAUACUUGCAGUUCAUUGUUAAUCGUAGGUUGAUGAAAAGCACAAUAAGUUUAAUAAGAAUAAAUAUCAUAUGGUUAAAAUUAUUGUUGAAAGUUUAUAUUUAGUAUAUUUUUAGAAGAUCUGAUUAAUUUGCUCCGUGUUAUAAACACUGUUAUUGUAAAAUUUUUAAAUAUAUUUUAUAUUAUUUAAUAAAACUAUUUUGAUACAUUUUCACUGUAUUGUUUAUUUUGAAAUGUUUGUUUCAAUUAAUGGAAAGUUGAUAAUUACAUUGAGUAUCUAACUUCCAAAUUUAACAUCAACAUUCUGUACAUACAAUUUAUGUGAACAUAUUAAAGAAAUAUCAGACUGUAAUAUUGCAAUAUGCAGAUAGAAUUGAACUUAGAUUUGAACUGACCAAGAAAAUAAACAUAAAAUCAACAUUUUCACACAUAUAAAUUAAAA